AUAUCGAUAAAUUAUUCUUUGAAAGUUUUCUAUCCGAAUUGAAAUUGUCUUAUACGAAAAACACCUCUUUUUUCCCCCCAUGAAUUAAUGCUAUAAUGUUUCGAUAAAUCUUUACAUUAACGUCAAAAACAGAACAUUUUCCUGAAUUUCCAACCACUUUAUAAGUGCUCAUAACUGAAAUUCAGUUUUCAAUAGAAGCCUCAACAACUCAACUCCACUUAAGCAUGAAAAGAGGCAAUCGAUGCUUCCGCCAAAUAUUUUGUAAACCGAACUAAGACUAUCUUUCCCAGGAUCCCACUGAAAUUGUUUAGAUAUGGCAGAUGAUAAGAACGAAAUUCAUGUUCCCGAAGAGUUGGAAAAUAUGCUGCUUCAUUUUACCACAAGCGUUUUGGAGGAACAGCCUGAUGACAUCAUCGAUUACGCAGCAUCGUAUUUCUCUCGACUCAAGCGUGAGAGAUCGGACCAAGGUAUCAGCAAAAUGCUCGGCAGAAGAGGUAGGCGACGCACGGCCGUUAUCGGCGAAGUUGUAAACCCAGAAGAAUGCGACUCCGAAGUCAAAAUCUAUCCUAAAUCUAAAGAGCAGAAGGAAAGGAUCAAAAAUCUCAUCGAAGACGUGUUUCUUUUUAAACACCUGACCAAAGAGAACCUGGACGCCAUUAUUGAUGCCAUGAUACCGUCUGAGGUGAAGAGUGGACAAAUUAUCAUUAAACAGAAUGACGAUGCCGAUUUUUUCUAUGUCAUUGAUAAAGGCGAGUUCGAUGCCAUCAUUGAAGAAGAGGGUCGGCAGGAAGUGGUCAUGAAGUACAAAGACAGCGGGAGUUUUGGCGAGUUGGCGUUGCUUCAUAACCAGCCGAGAGCGGCUACCAUAAAAGCUGUAACAGAUGGCAUGUUGUGGGCGGUCAGUAGAGCUACUUUUACGAAACUUGUCGUCAAAACUGCUUACGAAAAGCGAAAGAGGUAUAUGGAGCUUCUCGAUAAAGUGCCAGAAUUGCAACCGCUUAUAGAUUAUGAAAAAAUGCAAGUUUGUGAUGCAUUGAUUUCAGUUUACCUGAGGAAAGGUGAAGUGUUAUUUAAGGAAGGGGAUAGAGGAGAUGGCAUGUAUUUCGUUGAAAAAGGAGCCAUUACCAUAAAUAAAGAAGUCAAAGGCGGUGAGGCGCAAUUGGCGCUACUGAAACCUGGAGAUUACUUCGGAGAGUUGGCAUUAGUUCGGAACAAGCCAAGAGCGGGCACCGCAAGAGCUUUAGAAGAUUCAGAGUUAGCUUUUUUGGACGUUGGCGCUUUUGAGAGACUUCUUGGACCCUGCAUGGAUAUCAUAAAUCAGAGAGCGGAUUCUUACGAGAAAAUAGAUAAAUAGAAAAUCAUGUUACUGCAUUUAAUUUAUUUUUGUUUGUCAAAAAAUUAUAUUUUUUGAAAAGAAAUAUUUUAGUAAGAACUUAUUGUUUUCGUUAUCAAGAUUCGAUCGAUCUUUUGAAAAUUUAGAAAGUUGUAGUGAAAUUAGGAAAAUAAAUUGUAUUUUAAUAAGUUUCUAGUCAUCACUAUAAUUAAUAAUUUCGAAUAAAUAUAUUACAGGACAAAAAAUUAUGUCAAAGACUUAGUUCAAUCUAAGCUUCCAAUUUCAGUCAGUGAAAUC